AUGCCUCAGGCCUCCUCCAUCGCUCCAGCCGCUUUGGCCUCGACGGCACAUCAUGCCGCCACCGCCGGCUCCUCCUCCUCCUCCUCUUCGCGACCAGGCCUGACGCGUCCGGUUCGGCUGACGUCUGGCGGCUCGUUCCACGCAGGAGCCCCCAUGCCCUCCUUUCCUGGCCCCUACGACGCCGCUCGCGACGGCAAGCCAGUCGGCCGCAGACGAACCUUCCUCGGCCAUAUCAGCCAGAUGCGAAGACACUCCACCUAUAAAUAUCACACGUUCCCUACUCAACCUCCCAAGACUCCCAGUGACGCCCCGGACUCGAGCACCGCCAACUCGCCUUCCGAAGAGGAGGGCGUGCGAAGAAGAAGAGGGCACCGGCAUACGCAUAGCCGCGACAGCAACAGAGACGUCACGCCUCUGCCCAUCAGGCAGCUCCUCCUCCUGGCCCUGUUGAGCCUGGCAGAGCAGACCGCCCUCAACUCCAUCGGCCCAUACCUGCCGACCAUGGUCGCAGCCUUCCCUGAGAUACCACAAGGCCAGGCCGGCCUGUAUGUUGGCUUGCUUGCCUCUUCCUUCGCCCUGGCUCAGCUGACAACCAACUUCCUGUGGGGUUAUCUCUCCGAUCGUGUGGGGAGGAAGCCCAUCAUGCUGAUCGGGACCGCCCUUCUAUGCCUAUGCUUCGCCUUCUUCGGCUUCUGCCAGAGCUACUGGCACGUCCUCGUCGUGCACGUUGCCAUGGGCCUCCUGAACGGGAACGCCGCUGUCGUGCCUACCGUCUUGGGCGAGGUCACCGACAGGAGCAACCAGAGCAGGGCUUUUACGUGGUUGCCAGUCAUGUAUUCCAUCGGAGGCAUCACUGGGCCAGCCUUGGGAGGUCUGCUUGUUGGUGAACCAGGGUCCACAAGAUGGCCCUUUCUGGGGCCAAAUCUAUUGUCCGCCGCCUUGCUUCUGGCUGCCGUGGUGGUUUUGGCGAUAUGGUUCGAGGAGACUCUUGAUGAAGCUGACAGAAGACACGAAAUCAAGGCUCUUGCUUGGCUUGAGAAUAUUUGCCUCUGCUCCUGCUUGAUUUCGAGAAAGGGAAGGAAACGGCCGUGGAGCUCUCGCUGGCCAAUUUCACAGCGCGACCUGGUGCUUCAAGAGGAGGACGGGGCGGCCUACGACGAGCAAGGCGACACAGGCGAGGAACAAGCCCUUCUCCACUCAGCACCCGACCUCGAAUCACAAGAACCCCCGCAGGAUAACAAGGACGGUCCGCGUUCAAGUCGAUCAGCUCUGCGAAAGUUGCUCAACUGGACCACUGUGAGCAUUCUACUCACUUAUCUCAUCUUUCAGGUCGCAAACAUUUCAUUCAACAGCCUCUAUCCUAUCUUUGCCUCCGCACCGCCACCAACUGGUCGUGAGCUUGGUCCUGGCGUCAUUGGCGUCAGCAUGAGCCUGGCGGGAUUAGUCACCAUCCUAUUCCAGGUGUCCUUGUUUGAACCGCUCAAGGCGCGGCUGGGCAAUCUAGGCACUUUCAGAUUGAGUCUCCUGGGUUUGGCUCUCGCCAUGGUUUUCAUGCCAUUCGUGGGAUACCAAGAUGAUCACGCUUUGUUUGGUUGGGGCUCAGGAAGGUCGUGGCUCCUGAUCGAGCUGGGUGUAAUUCUUGUGCUCAAGAAUUUGAGUGCCGUGGGUGGACUGAGCUGUGUUCUACUACUCAUAACAAACUCUGCUCCCACACACGAAACCCUCGGUACGCUCAACGGUAUCGCCCAGACCCUGUCUGCCGCAGGCCGGUCUUUUGGGCCCUUUGCAUCUGGCGGUCUGUUUACCUUAUCAAUGCGCCUGCAGCACAAAGGCGAGUUGCUCGCCUGGGGUGUGUUCGGCGGCAUCGCCCUUAUUGGGUGGGGUUGGACCAUGUUUAUCAGGGGUGGGAAGCUGGAGAGCGACGACUUCUUAGGUGAUGACGACGACGAGGAUACCGACGGUGAGCAGCACGACGACCACUCAGAAGGCGAAGCAGGGUACGCCGGUAUCGACGCACAGCGGAGCUGCUUUGAGUCGGCAUCAGACCUGGCCCACAGAGUGCGGCGUACAUCCAUUAUCCAGACCUUUGGAGCGCUAGAGCCGUUCUCUAUAGGCCACCAGAAUGCCUUUGAGGAGGACCUGUCCGCUGACCGUAUCAAUGUUGAUCAUCUGAAAAUCACUCCCGAGGUCACGUCCGAGGACGUACAGAAGCCAUGGGGACAGCAAAAGCGGUGA